AUUGGAUGGAUUUCAAUUACGAAAUGCGAAGUGUUAAAUUGUUAAUAAUAUUCUUGCAUUGAGGCAUUCUUCUCGAAACAAUAAUCGUUAUCGUUACAGUUUUUUUUCUUUCUUCUUCUUCCUGUUUGUCGUCGUUUCGAUGUUCUCUCUACGUCUGCAGGACAAUAUGCGCGGAGCAGCAACGGACGUCUCAGGAAUCUCAUUGUUGGCGGAGCAUAAAGAAUGAAUGAAGGAAGAAGACAAGUGUGGUAGGAUCAGAAGAAGAAGCAGUAAUAAACGACAAAAAAAAAGAUGAUGAUAAAAAUUUAAAACAGCAGCAGCAUCGUCUCAUAUUACGGAUGAGUCGGCGGUUUUGGCGAGGAGGAAAAGAGAAGAGAGGAAUAAAAAUAAGAAAGACGACGACGAAGAACACCCACCACCCUCUCGGGUGGGUCGAGCCUAGGUUCUUCAUCUCUCCUCGGGAGCAGGAGGAAGAAGUCGAAGAGAGAGCAAAUGCAGCAGAGUAUAUAACCAGUUUGGAUGGACCGAGACCGAGGCGUCCAAUGAAUGAGGGGGCCCAUGCCCGUGGUUUCCCGCAUCUCCAUCUGAUCUGCAGCAGAUCCAGCCUCUCUUUCGCACGAUUCGCAAACCGAAUUGAUGAUAUGGGUGGAUUCGCGAAAGAGAAACAGAGAAGUAUUUAGUAUUUGGUACAUAUGAUAUAUAUUUAUAUAUAUGUGAAAUAGAAG